AUGGAUAAUGUCAACGUCAAAUUACUCGUAAAUCACUAUGAUCGGGAAUUUAAAGUCCAAAAUAUUGAUUUCCCCCCUGCAACCAAAGUCAAGUCAAUUAAGGAUAAACUUUUGGAAUCUGAGACUUUUAAAGAAUGUAAUAUAAGGGUAAUUUACCGUGGUUUGCUUUUAAGUGACGAAAAGGUUCUAAAGAGCCUGCCUGGGUUCUCAGCUGAGGAGCUGAUUUUAACCGUUUUUAUCACAAAACCAAACGUGACUCCUCCAACCAAUAACUCUCAACGUAAUGAGAUUUGGAAGUGGAGCACUUCGGCCUGGGUUGCCAUUAUUGCUACACUUUGGUGCUAUAAAUUCAAGUUUAAACGCUCAUUCAAGAAUUUUUCAGUGUUAAUUUUAUAUUUGACAACUUUCUUUUGUCUCUACACACUCUUUUCAAGGCUUAUCAGAGGAUCCAGAGCAAGGUCCUCCUCCUCAACAUGAUUCUUUAAUAUUCCAUCAUACACAUAAACAUGUUAAUAUACUUAAUAUACGGUAUAUA